CCCACCACCGCUUCCGUUCCGCCUCUUCCUCCCCAAUUCCCCAACGCAGGAGCUGCACACCACGAGCGCGGGUUUCAAAGCACCCCUCCGAUCUCCUUCCAUCUCCCCUCCCCUCCGCGCGCGCGCGUCUAGAGUUAGGGUUUCGCGUCCUCCCUUCCUCCCGACGCGGCCGCGCCCGGCGCCAGACAUGAGGGUCCACCCGGCCCCGCGGAAGCGCACCAUCGCCGUGCAGCGCUGCGCUGCGGCGGGCGCGGUUGGCGGGAAGAAGCUGCGGCGCCUGCCUCACAUCUUCGCGAAGGUGCUCGAGCUCCCCUUCGCCGCCGACGCCGACGUCUCCGUCGAGGAGGACGCCGCGGCGCUGCGCUUCGUGGCGGUCGCCGUCGACGGGUUCUCCCCCGCCGGCGCCCGCGCCCACACCGUCGAGAUCCACCCCGGGGUCACCAAGGUCGUCGUCCGGGAUCUCUCCGUCGGGGAUUCCGACGCCGACGACGGCGCCGCCGCGUUCGAGCUCGACCGAUGGCGCUUCCGCCUCCCGCCCUGCACGCGCCCCGCCAUGGCCACCGCGACCUACGCCGAGGGCGAGCUCAUCGUCACCGUCCCCAAGGGUGCCGGCCCUGAUGACGGCGACGGCGACGGAGCCGCCGUACUUGGAGGCGCUGGCGCCGGCACCGGGAGCGUCCUCCUGCUUGUAUAGUAAAUUUAUGCCAGAACUCGACUAUUUUGCUGAUCGCCUGUUUCAACUAAUAUUUAAUAUUUAUAUCAUGCGAGUUGAUGAUAUGCUCACAGCAUGGCAUUAAGAGUAACAAUAAUAUAUGAAUCGCUGUUUGCUGCUAAUUCUCCGUUGGAACUUCUGAUCUGUUCAUGCGAUCUGUCGUUAGUUUCUGUCAGUUCUUGUAUAACAUAUGUAGCAUAUAACUGAUCUGGUUAGGUUGGUGAGACUAAGUUGAAGUAGCAUUCCAGGAUCCAGCAUAUCUUGUGGCUGGAUUAGCUUGGCAUGGUUUUAAUUACUCUCGUGUUUACAGUAAGCCGACUAGCACAUUGAUUCCGACAGUCUGUUCAUCUGGCUUGAUGAGAAAUGGGAAAUCUACUUGAUCAGAUGGUUUCAUGAGAGAUCAAGAAUCAGCUUUGCAAGUAGCCAUGUAUUGUAGCAACUUAAUGGUUCGUAUGCUGGAAGACUCCAGGGUUGACUUUAUAAUCUGAAUGGUCAUUAUGUCUACUGUUAUUUUUCAUUUAGCUGGAUCUUUUGAGCAAUCUUUUGAUCUCAUGGCAUCUGAGGUGAUGCUUUGAAUGUCUCUAAUUGUAUUUGUCCCACAAGUUUAGUUGCGUAUGUAUGCUUCUUCUGUGCUGAAUCAAUAAGAAUGAUUGUGUUGCA